AUGGCCAGCAUCCUUGUUCCACCUCAAAGUUGGGGCAAGGCUGAGGUUGCGACAAAUGCCAACGAUGCUGGAGAAGACGAAGAGGAAGAGGAAGAGGAAGACAGAUUCGACCUGCGAUGCAUCACAUGGUGA